AAGGUGUGAAAACUAAUCUAACAUUUUUGAGCUCUGAAAAUAGGCCAUGGUCGAAUAAACUUCCAUUGGUAGCUAAAGCUGGGUCGAAACUGCUCUCAAUUUUCUUCGAAUAUGUCGUUGAUAUCAUGCAAAAGCCUCACAAUAUGGACGAUAUUUGCCAUGGCGUUGCAAAUAGCAGGUCUAUAUCUCUUCGUCCUCGGUUUCUUCCCGGUCAAGCCUGCUCUCUCCGGUGCCAGUGGUCCUGAGAGUUAUCGACCUCCUGGAAAUGAGUCCUUUGAAGAUUUCGACGUUUCCUCGAUGAACUCCGAUGAUCUCCGAUCUCUUUAUCUGGAGCUGUCUGAAGUCCCUCCAUUGUAUAGCCGGUUAAUUCUCUUGGUUGUUGAUGGUCUUCCAGCAGAAUUUGUCCUCGGGAAGGAUGGAAAACCUCCUACCAAAGCCUUUGUAGAUGCUAUGCCCUACACUCGUUCGUUACUAGCAAACGGGAUGGCAACUGGGUAUCAUGCCAAGGCUGCACCACCAACUGUUACGAUGCCUCGCUUGAAGGCUAUGGUUUCUGGUGCUAUUGGUGGAUUCCUGGAUGUAGCAUUGAAUUUCAAUACACAAGCUUUUUUAGAUGACAAUCUUCUGGGGCAGUUUUUUAGAAUUGGCUGGAAAAUGACGAUGUUUGGUGAUGAAACUUGGUUAAAGUUGUUUCCGAAGUUAUUCACUAGGAAAGAUGGCGUUAGUAGCUUCUUUGUCAAGGACACUAUAGUAGUGGAUCUCAAUGUGUCUCGACAUAUGCCUGAAGAACUUAAUCGGGAUGAUUGGCAUCUCAUGAUCCUUCAUUAUUUGGGAUUGGAUCAUGUCGGACAUAUUGGUGGACGGAAAAGCGUCCUGAUGCCACCAAAGCUUAGGGAGAUGGAUGAUGUGAUCAAGAUGAUUCAUUUGGAUAGCAUUCUUUCCAAUGACAGCAAGCAAGGAGAUACCCUUCUGCUUGUGGUCAGUGAUCAUGGCAUGACUGAGAGUGGGAAUCAUGGUGGCUCUUCAUAUGAAGAAACUGAUUCUUUGGCUCUUUUUAUCUAUCCCAGUUCAAAAGCUCCUAGUGAUGAUGUGUCAGUAAUUAAAGACACAAUGAAUCAGGUUGAUAUUGCUCCAACACUAGCUCUUCUUUUUGGUGUGCCAAUUCCCAUGAACAAUGUUGGAGUCAUCGUUGUGGACUGUUUGCUAUCUUUAACAGAUGGCCAACUGCUAAGGGCGCUUGAGUUGAAUUCAUGGCAACUGUUGAGGUUACUUAAAGCCCAGUUGCCUGGUCUAUCUUGUGUGGUUUCCGCUUCUGGCUACCCUGCUGAUACUAGAUGGUCCAAAGUGAGUCUGUGUAGUGGUACAGUUGAAGAGAUGUUUUGUUGCUUAUACUCUAAAGCUGCUUCUCUUCACACUUUCUGGAAGUCGUCUACAACUUCAAGGUCUGACAGUGGUCUUCAUUACAAUCACACUGUCAAUGCAUAUCAUGACUUUCUGAUGACUGCAAGUGAAUGGUUAACUCGCAAAGUCACUGAUAAACCUUUUGGUCAACUUGCUUUUGGUAUUCUUGCAAUGGUCCUUUCUUCUCUAGUAUUUCUGAGACUUCUGUUCUGUUUGCGAAUAGAGGAAUGCCUUAAAGAGAAUCAAGGAUGUGCAGAGAUGAAGAGUUGGAGUCUAGAGGAAAUUUUCGUUGUGGUUGUGGUUGUCUUUCUUGUUGUGAGCAUGGGAUCUAGUUCUAUGGUUGAAGAAGAGCAGUAUAUUUGGCAUUUUCUGACAGCAACGUUAUUCUGGAUUAUAAUCCGUAAAGUGAUGAAGUCACUUCCUCUAGGAGAUCAAGACAGACUUAAUAAAAGCAGCUAUAACUCAAGAUUCUCACAACUGUGUUCAAUCCUUGUAAUGCUGAUUUGUGGAAGGAUCAUAAGAGCUUGGCAUCAGGGUGGUGUUAAUUGGACGCAUCUACCUGACAUUUCAAAAUGGCUUACGCAAGCAGGAAGGAGUCAGGAAAAGGCAAUCAGAGUGUUAUCAGUAAUCUCAGUGACCAGCUUGAGCUUGUUGGCAUUUUCUAAGUCGAGGUUGAACAAACUUUUUAGCAACCUCCUCCAGUUCUUCUUUCUACUCUCAGGAUACUUAGUUUUGCAACAUGUAAUGAUACAUCAGGAUGAUGAAUUUCUGGUAUCUGGUCAUGGUGCAACUUUUAUGGCUCAAAUUAUCUAUGCUGUUCUGAGCAUUGUGACGUGUUUUACAGUAUUAGCCUCUCCGUGGCUUUCUCCUGUCACCACUUGUAAAGAAUCGGCAUCGAAUAGACAGUUAGAUUGUUCUCAAUCAGUUAAGAAUCGUAUGAUCUCUCUGUCUAAAGGAUUAAAUGAGUCUGCCUAUUUGACUGGUUGGGCAUAUGUGAUUUCCUGGUCCCUGCUGCAGCUUUUGUUGCAGAAACCAAGUAACUCGAUGCCAGUUUUUCUAUUACUGCUGCAGAUCUCUGCAGCUAUGACAUACUUUUCCAGUAAUGGAGCAUAUCGAAAGUCAUGGGUAGAGGUUUCAGCAUUGUAUUUUAUUGGGAUGGCUGGUCAUUUUGGUCUCGGCAACAGCAACACUCUUGCCACCAUUGAUGUUGCUGGAGCUUUCAUGGGUAUCUCAAGCCACUCAACUGUACUGUCUGGUAUACUGAUGUUGUGCAUCACUUACGCAUCACCAAUAUUGGUGCUUCUUUCUUUGACGAUGUACGUAUCUUUGAAGAAUGAGAGUUAUUAUGGACUUGAUCAUACCUUGGAUUUUGGGCUACUACUCAAGACAGUGCUUGCUGUUCCGUUUCUUGUUCCACUGGGCAUAAAUUCUGUUCUCUUAGUUGCAUAUACCAUCGUAUUGCUCCAGAUGAGGAACCAUCUUUUUAUUUGGAGUGUCUUCUCUCCCAAGUACCUGUAUGUAUGUGCAACAACAGCUUGUGUGUAUAUUGGGACAUUCAUCCUGACUGCAAAUGUGCUUUACAUAUCCUUGGUGUAUACCCUGCGUAGGAAGAGGAUGUCAGAAGUAGUACAGACUACAGAGAGGGAAGUCAUUGACCAAUAGUUCAUCUCUAUGGUUUCUUCAGAUGUUUCCCAUUUUAAUUCGUAGUGAACCUCAAAAACUGUAAUACUCGAUCCUUUUCGCAAUUAAAUGCAAAGAGGGUUUUUGCUCAAGAUUUUUCAGGCCAAUGAAGACAACUUAAAAGGUCUAAGAGCAUUGACACAUUUUCACUAUGGAUUCUGCUAGCUUUUCAAAUUUGAUGUCGUAUUCAUUCUAGUUAGCCAUUCUAGGACUAAUGUAUAGCAUGUCGACAAUGUGGUCAAGCUAAAAAUAGCUCUUACUAGAUUAUUCAAGCAUUUAAUUGUCAUAAGUUUAUCUAAAUACGAAGUAGUUAAGAACAAAUGUGGUUAAUUGGCUUCUUCUAUAAAUUCGACUGACUCUAUUUACUGCU